AUAAAAUAUGUUGUGAGAUGUGUACGGUCAUACAUAGUCGGUCCAACGCUAAGGUGGCGGCUACCACUCCAAACCCCAAGCUCCCAAACUCUCUGGUUAGGGUUUUUGCGAUUCUUAGCGUAGCUGUCGCCUCGAUCCUAGUCAGUUCUCAGGGCUCCCAGUAGCCGCCAAUGGAAUCCGAUGCCUCUAGGAUCCUCCACGAGCUCCAAUCUCUCAGAGCUUCAAAAUCAGAUAUAGACCGCCGAAUCUCAGCUCUUGAAACCCAGCUCCACCAAAUAAACCUCCUAAACGACUCCGUCCCCAACGGCUCCCACCAUUCGAUCUCGACCAUCGAUAAUUCCCACCUCAACGGUCCUCAUGCUCACUACCUUACCCCGGAGAUGAUCCACCGGUACAGCCGGCACCUCUUGCUCCCGUCCUUCGGGGUCCAAGCACAGUCCAACCUCCUAAAGUCUUCGGUUCUGGUGGUCGGAGCCGGAGGCUUGGGAUCUCCGGCCCUUCUAUACCUCGCCGCAUGUGGCGUUGGCCGCUUGGGCAUUGUGGAUCACGACGUCGUCGAGCUCAAUAAUAUGCACCGGCAGAUUAUCCACACCGAAGCUUUCAUAGGCCAGCCAAAAGUCAAAUCCGCCGCCGCCGCUUGUCGCUCCGUCAACUCUACUGUUCAAAUUGUGGAACACCACGAAGCAUUACGCACGUCCAAUGCGUUGGGAAUUUUCAGCAAAUACGAUGUAAUAGUGGAUGCAACAGACAAUGCUCCCAGCCGAUACAUGAUAAGUGAUUGCUGUGUGGUAUUAGGAAAGCCUCUUGUAUCUGGUGCUGCUCUGGGAUUGGAAGGGCAGCUCACAGUUUACAAUUACAAUGGCGGUCCAUGCUAUCGAUGCCUAUUCCCAACUCCACCUCCUACAACAGCAUGUCAAAGAUGUGCCGACAGUGGUGUUCUAGGAGUAGUUCCCGGUAUCAUUGGCUGUCUCCAAGCUCUUGAAGCUAUUAAAAUUGCAAGUGUGGUUGGCGAACCACUCUCGGGACGGAUGCUUCUAUUUGAUGCCCUAGCAGCACGGAUACGUAUUGUGAAGAUUAGAGGAAGGUCAUUGCAGUGCAAAGCUUGUGGAGAAAAUGCAACAUUCACUCAGCAGGAGUUUCAAGAGUUUGAUUAUGAGAAGUUUACUCAGUCUCCACUGUCUCCGUCACCCUUGAAGUUAAACUUGCUUCAGGCAGAUUCUAGAAUCAGCAGUAAAGAGUAUCAUGAUAGGGUUGUCAACGGGGAUGCACAUGUAUUGGUAGAUGUCCGACCAGCACACCAUUUCGAGAUUGUUUCUCUUCCCAACUCCCUAAACAUUCCACUUCCUAGUUUGGAGGCUAGGUUGCCUGAAAUUUCUUCAGCUCUAAAGGAAGAGGAAGAGCGCAAGGGUGUCAGUUCUGGCUCGAGUGCCCAGUUAUAUGUAAUUUGUAGAAGGGGUAAUGAUUCUCAGAGGGCUGUUCAGUAUCUGCACAAGACGGGCUUCACUUCAGCAAGGGACAUUCUCGGGGGUCUGGAGUCCUGGGCCCAUGACGUGGAUCCCAACUUCCCUACCUAUUAGUUGGCAUGUCUGCUGUAUGACGUGUGAACUGUCAUUAGUGUAAACUUGUCUUCAGGUUUUGCUUCUACACUUUUUUUUUUUU